UUUCCUCCUCUGCUCGCUCUCAACAAUCAAAUGGCGGCGACCAACGGCAACGGCACCGGCAACGGCGCCCCCCUUGUGGUGUUCGAUUUCGACAAGACCAUCGUCGACUGCGACAGCGACAACUGGGUCGUCGACGCCCUCGGCGCCACCCGCCGGUUCGACGACCUCCUCCGCCACCUCCCCUGGAACCACGCCAUCGAUGCGAUGAUGGGCGAGCUGCACUCGGACGGCAAGACGGCGGAGGACAUCAGGGGCAGCCUCAGAACGGCGCCGCUGUCGCCGCACGUCGCCGCCGCCAUCAAAGCCGCCUACGCCCUCGGGUGCGAGCUCCGCGUCCUCAGCGACGCCAACGCCUUCUUCAUCGACACCAUCCUCGCGCACCACGGCCUCGCCGCCUACUUCUCCGGCACCGACACCAACCCUGCCCACGUCGACGCCGCCGGCCGCCUCAGGAUCCGCCCCUACCACGACUUCGGCGCCGCCGGCCACGGAUGCACCCUCCCGACCUGCCCGCCCAACAUGUGCAAGGGCAAGGUGAUGGAGAGGAUCCUCCGCCAAGAAGAAGAAGAAGAAGAAGAAGAAGCCGUCUCGGCGGCGGCCGGCACCGAGAAGAGGCGGCGGAGGAGGAGGGCCGUGGUGUACCUGGGCGACGGCCGGGGCGACUACUGCCCGUCCCUGAAGCUACGGGAGGGUGACUACGUGAUGCCGCGGGCGGGGCACCCCGUGUGCGACCUCAUCGCGGCCUCGCCGCCUGCCGCCGCCGUCCGCGGGUGGGCCGGCUUCGAGGACCUCGCCAGGGUGCUCCUCGGCAUCGUCGACGGCGAGAUCGCCCGCGCCGCCGCCGCCGCUGAAGAAGAAGACGCUGGCGCUGGCGCGGGUGUGGGCGUGGGCGCCGUCGUCGUCGUGCCGGCGGACUGCCGCGCGCCGCGUCAGGAGGCGCUCAUGCCCCAGGCCGUCCGCGUGCCCAACUGAUCGUGUUCUGUUACAGGUGGAUGCUUGGACAAUGCGCGCCAAAAUUAGUACAAGUAUUAGUAAUAACUACUCCAGGAUCCAUGGAUUUGUGCUGAGUGCUGACGACUGGAUCAUCAUGCUGGAAACUCUGCCUGAAACUGAAAGCCACUUAAAUUGCUGGUUUCUUCAGUGUGCUAGUAUGUAUCAUGAUAAAGUAUAUAUUAGUACUACUAUCCAACCAACCAUGAAAAGUCAUUGCUGAAAU